GGCUCGCGUCGGCGGCGGGCGACUACCAGCGCGCCAUCGACAUCUACGAGCAGGUGGGCACGGCCGCGCUCGAGUCCAACCUUCUCAAAUGGAGCGUCAAGGACUACUGGCUCAAGGCGGGAAUCUGCCACCUUGCCACCGGGGACGGAGGGGCGGCGGCUUCCGCGGUUCGGAGGUAUAACACGAUGGAUGCCUCCUUCGAGAAGACGCGCGAGGGGAUGCUUCUCGAAAACCUCACAAAGGCGUUUGGAGACGCCGACGCCGACGCCUUCACCGAGCACAUUCGCGCGUACGACGAGAUCUCGCGGCUCAGUCCAGAGAUGACGACCCUGUUGCUCGAGGUCAAGAACACCAUCAAGGCGCAGGUCAAUGACAUCACGUGAAGGCUGUGGCCGUCGCUCGCUCGUCGGCUCGCCGCCCGUGGGCGCGCCCGCUGUGCGCUGUGGCUGUGGCUGGACCGGCACGGCUUUUGUGUUUGUAGGGGCAGCGAGACUAGCGGUAUCAUCAUAUCAUUUCACAGCCUUGUAAUUG